AUGGUCGCGCUGGUCGCCUGCGGCCACACGCUGGGCGGCGUGCACGGCGCCAACUUCCCGCUGAUCGUGCGGCCCGGCAGCGCGCCCGACGACUUCACGCUGCUGGACGGCACGCGCGGCUUCGACGAGCGCAUUGCGUCCAACUUCGUGAACAACGUGGCGGGCAACCCGCUGACCAGCCCCUUCGCGCGCGCCAACUCGCGCGACUCCGACAACAAGGUCUUCUCCAUCGACGGCAACGCCACCAUCCGCGCGCUGGCCGACCCCGCCGUGUUCCGCGCCACGUGCGCACGCGUGCUGCAGCAGAUGAUCGACACGGUGCCGCGCGGGGUCAAUCUCUCCGCCGCCCCCCUCACGCCGUACGAGCUCAAGCCCGUCAACCUGUCGCUCGCCCUAUCCGCCAACGACUCGCUCCGCUUCACCGGCUCCCUGCGUCUCCGCACCACCGCCCGCCCGCUCUCCACCGUCUCCGCCCUCUCGCUCCGCUACACCCCGCGCCAAGGCCCCGCCGCCUGCCCCUCGUGCGUCGUCCCCGCCCGCCUCGCCGCCACCGACGCGCUCUUCGGCGAGUCCUUCGCGUACUACGCCUUCGACGCCGCCAUCCCCGCCAACGCCUCCAUCGCCUCCUUCACCGCCCACCUCGCCCUCGCCGACGGCCAGUCCGUCACUUUCGACAACAACGCCGCCCGCUUCCCCGUCAGCGAUGCCGUGCUGCUGCUGCCCGCCCAGAGCUGCGUCGUCGCCACCACCCUGACCGUCGUCGCCGCCGUCCGCAACACCCUCACGGCCCCCAAUGUCUCGCUGGCCCUCACCACCAAGACCCCGCGCGACUGCUGCGUCGUGCCCGCCCUCACCACCACCACCCUGCCCAUGACCCGCGGUGCCGCCGCCGGCAGUCUCUACACCCUGUACACCGUCUCGCUCCCGCUCGACGCCGCCAACCGCCCGAUCGCGCGCUUCGACGUCGUCGCCGUGUCCGGCGACACCACCUUCACCGACGGCUUCCGCGCCACCGCCGACCUGCCCGCCCGCUGCACGCCCUUUGGCGAGGAUCCCCUGCCGCCCAGCUACACGUUCGAGGGCUGCUUCACCGACUCCGUGGGCGCGCGCGCGCUGACCGGCGGCGCCUCGGUCGACGCGCAGAUGACCAUCGCGCGGUGCGCCGCCAGCUGCGCGGCCUUCCAGUUCUUCGGCCUCGAGUACGCCACCGAGUGCUUCUGCGGCAACGCGCGCGCGCCCGCCAGCACGCCCGUGGCCGCCGCCGAGUGCAACAUGCCGUGCGGCGGCGACCGCUCCCAGACGUGUGGCGCCGCCAACCGCCUCAGUCUGUACCGGCACACCGCGUGGCGGCCCGCCACGGCGCCCGCCGUGGUCGCGGGCACCUACGCGCACCGCGGCUGCUUCAACGACUCGGCCGCCACGCGCGCCCUGCGCGGCCGCUUCGAGUUCAGCGCCGACGCCAUGAGCCUGGACCGCUGCGCGACCUUCUGCAACGGCACGCGCUUCUUCGGCGCCGAGUACGGGAGUGAGUGCUUCUGCGGCGCCGCGCUCGAGGCCGCCAGUGUGCGCCAGCCCGACGCCGACUGCAGCAUGCUGUGCUCCGGCAACGCUACGCAGCUGUGCGGCGGCAGUAAUCGCUUGAGUCUGUAUGAGAAGCUGAAUAGCACCAUGCUUGUUCGUCGUGCCCGGCUGGUUGUAAGAUAG